AUGAAGUUACUGCUAGUAGUAGCGAUCUUGGUUGUAGCACAUGGAAUCGACCCAAAUCAGUCGAUCGACAACCAAUAUCAUGUGUAUAUCAAAAGUUUGACGGAGAGCAUGACUGAGAUCAAAUCAACACACGGGAAGAAGGUUGCUGCGCUUCAGCAACGGAUCACAAACAGCAACGCGAAGCUGAACUCUACUAAAGAAGAGAUGUCUAAAGUGAUUGAUGACAUGAAGGAGAAAGUUGUUGAGCUGCACGUUAUCGAGAAGGAGGUUUUGAAAUCGCGCACGAACUUGGAACAGAUCAGAGGCCAAAUAAAAAAAUUGAAGGCACGACUGAGUGACGCGAAAACACAGGAAGACAAGAAAAUUGACGCAACGAUAGUCGAGCAGCUCCGAGCUAAAAAGAUCUCAUACGAGACCAUCUCAAACAACUUGAGCAAGAAACUCCUUGGAGCACAAAAGGUAUUAAGAGGUAUGAAACGCACUCAAAAACGAGUCAUGACCAAAAUAUUCAAAAUUAAAGAGAAGGUCAUUCGGUGCGAAGACAUGAUCAGGAAGGAAAAGUCGCGAUUUGAAAGAUUGUUGGCGCAGAAGAAAAAGUUGUUGAAAGAAGCAAAUCAACUUGCGAGUGACAAGAAACGAUUUUCGCAACAGAAGAGUAUCAUCGAGAACAAAAUCACUGUAUUAAAGGAACAAAUCAAAACAGCAACAAAAGAACACGUCGCGUCACUCGAGUCGAUGCUGGAGAGGUUUAAUGACAAAAUUGUGUUCUUGACCGAGUGUGUGAACGACGCGAUCGACAGAGAAAAGGAAGUGUUUGUGACGCCAACAGAACUUGUUGGAAUGAAAGAAGACCUUACUCUCAAAAUAGCGCAAUUCAACGCCGAUAAGAAUAAAUUGGUCAACGACUUGAAGAACAGAAAGUACCAAGUCAAGAAGCUCAAAACCAAAUUGAAAGAAGCCAAAGCAAAGAAAGUUGCGAAGGAGGCAAUUAAAGAAAAGAAAGCGCAAAUAAUCGAAGAGAAAGAGAAAAUUGUCGAGCUCAGAAGACAAAUUGAAGAGGUGAGAGCUAAGAAGGAUCUUGCGUUGAACAAAUACAGCGCAAAGGAAAAGGAGUUUUACAGAAAUAAGCGGAAGGAGGGCGAGAAGGCCGCGUUUGACAAAUUGGAGAAGUUGGUUGCGAAGUUGAAACGCGUCUCGAGCAGAAUAUUGAGAAUCCAAAGUGCUCUUCGUCGUGCUCCAACAGACAAACUGAAGAAACGGUUGCGAUUUAUUGAAUCGGAGAAGAAGAGCAUAUUUGUGAAGGUGAAAGUUAUCGAAAAGAGGCUUUUAGGCUAUCAGAAGAAUAGACAACAAGAGUUUAGAGUCGAGCGCAUUGAGCUCAAGAUGCAAAAGGAACGCGCGAUGAAGAGGCUUGAACAGUUAGAACAAAAGAUGAUAGCCAAGAAAUCUAUUGUGGAGAGCGAAGAGGAUUCUGGUAAGUUAGUUGCAUCAAAGGAGUACUUCCUUGCUGUUGAGAGAGCGGGUCGUGUUGAGAAGAAGAUUGAAGAGAUCAACCACCACUUGAAUGAGUUACAAAAUCGGGAAGUCGAGAUGUUGAGGACGGCCGUGAAGCGAAGUAAAGUGUUACUCGAGACGAUGAGCAUCAAACAAAAGAAUUUUGAGUUGCAGCUUGCAACCGACAUGGCUGGGUUUUACAAAACAGUCAACCAAUUAAUCGUAACGAAGUACAACUUGGAUUUGGUCAGAGCGGAGAAUGCCAUCACCCAGAGAGAGCUUGAGCAAAAUGGGUCAUAA